AUGAUCCCAAAAAGCUCACUAAUUCAGUUUAUACAUUUGAACACAAGUAAAUCGCUGAAAAACCACCCUAAGUUAUAUCACUCAAGUGAAGGAACUGGGUCAUGGCUAUUCCAGAUUUUCGACUUUUUGAACGAGUCAAAACUCAAUUGGGGGAACUGCUCUCAUAUGAAUGGGAAAAAGGGAACACAAUCAUGUUUAACUCUUAAUAACCAUUUACGUAUAAAAGGGAAAUCGUCUUGGGAUGAUGAUUUGGUUGACCAUUUUUGGUAUGAUAACCCAAAGUUUAAUGUCAACCAUUAUACGCAAAAGCAAAAUGUCUGA